CAGUCCGUCGUCUCUACGAAUUGAAUUUUGAUCUAUUUUUAAAAUCGAUGGGGUUAUACACUAAUAUUGAACUUUGGUACGUUGACGUAGAGUGCGCGACGCUUCAUCGUGAAAUCGUUGUUGACAAUGACGAGACUUGUCACCCGACCAUCGUUUGCGUGACGAAAAAGCCGUUUACUUCGCCAUGAUCGUUUAUAUAAUAUUAUUACUCUAUGUGCUCAACACGUCUGUGGCGGCAGCAGCAGCAGCAGCCGUGGCUGACGAAAAGAAUGAAAUCAUACUUGUUUCCAAUCAUAAAAUAUAUUCAAGAACAACGAAAAUUAUGGACACACCUAUAAGUGUUUAUUCCACAAAUCAAACAAUCAUUGGUGUAUCGAUUAAUAUACGUACAAAUACAUAUUAUAUUUUGGAAUCGUCGGGCUCGUUACUUGCAUUGUCAGAUAACAAGACAAAAACUUUAUUAACAACAAAAAAAGAAAUAUUAAUGGACAUUUCCAUCGAUUGGAUUAAUCAUCAGCUUUAUAUUUUAAUGUCAUCAACCGAAAAUACUACAGCGUACAGUAUAAAAAAAUUUGAUUUAGAACAGGAAAAAGUAGACGAAAUAGUUUCUGGAUUUGAUUCAAAACCUAUUCAGAUUGAAGUGGAUCCUUGCAAUGGAUUUUUAUUUUGGACUUCGAAAUUGGGACUGCAUAGUUUUGACUUGACUGAUGCUGAAAAGUCGACCAUAUUAAUUUUAAAAAAUGAAGAUAUUGGUCCAUUUGUUAUAAACUAUAUACAGUUAUGUUUGUUCGUGAUAUUCCGGAAGCAAAACACAAUAAUGUCUGUUUCUUUGGAUGGUCAGAAAGUAAUAAAUAUUAGAAAUAACACACAUACAGCGCUAUUUUCUGAUGCUACGUCUUUGUUACAUACGAAUGAAUUAUUUUAUUGGUCAAAUGGUUCUGUAUUAAUGAGAGAAGACUACUUUAUUGAUGAUCAAAAAUACUAUCAAACUAUAUAUCCGGAAAUUCAUUUUAAAGUCAAUUUGUUAAUAUCUAAUUUUAUUGAUCAACAACCAAUACCGUCUCCUAGAAAUCCCUCACAGUCAAAAAAUCAUCCGUUCAUGUUCAAAGUGAAACAUGAAUUUAAUGCAAAGAAUCAUCAUUUGUGGUACGAAUAUGGAUCAGAUGAACCAUGGAUAAUAUUAAUAUCAGGACUUUUGUUGAUUUCCCUAUUUUUGACCAUGCUCAUUAAGUAUUAUAGUGCUAAAAAGCCAGAUAUUAUAAGGAAACUUAGAGAAAUGCCACAAACUCUUGUACUUGCUAAUAAUAUGGGUUAUCAAAGAGCUGUGUUGUUUCAAAAAAGAGACAACAAUGAAUUGAUCAGAAUUAAACGUAAGCAAAUAACGCUAACAAAAAGAUUGGGAUCAGGAGCUUUUGGAGAAGUUUUUGAAGGAAAUGUCAAAGAUAUAAUAAAUGAAAAAGUUGAAUAUUGUGUUGCGUUGAAAUCAUUAAAUGGAUGUACCAGUCAAUAUGUACUAGAAGAAUUUUUAAAAGAAGCAAAAAUAAUGAAUAAUUUAAAACAUAAAAAUAUUUUGAGAGUUUUUGGAGUAUGUUUAGAUAAUGAACCUAAUUUUAUUAUUAUGGAACUUAUGAAAGAAGGUGAUUUAUUGAGUUAUUUAAGAAAAACCAGACCAACCCAAAUAUUGAAUCGUAUGGACUAUAUGAGAAUGUGUAUCGAUGUAGCCGAAGGAUGCUCAUACCUUAAAAAUAUGCACCUUGUGCACCGAGAUCUUGCAGCACGUAAUUGCCUGGUAUCGUCUUCCGACCCUAAAGAGCAAGUUAUAAAAAUUGGUGAUUUUGGAUUGGCAAGAAAAAUGUAUGCACAUUAUUACCGAAAAGAAGGAGAAGCUUUACUGCCUGUUCGAUGGAUGUCACCAGAAUCACUGGUGGAUGGUGUCUAUACCAGUCAAUCCGACGUUUGGGCCUUUGGUGUCUUGUUAUGGGAAAUUAUGUCCCAAGGUCAUCAACCUUAUCCAGGACUAUCUAAUAUAAAUGCCAUGUAUUAUGUUCAACAUGGCGGAAGGCUUGAAAAACCAAUAAAUUGUCCAAAAACUUUAUAUAAUUUGAUGAAAAAAUGUUGGCAUGUCCAGCCAGAAAAAAGGCCUACAUUUGAAUUUUGUUUAAAAUUCUUAAAAUCAUAUUAUAUGGUUUUAGAAUACAUUAAUAAGAGAGAUACAGAACUACAGAUUAUUCCUGAAUAUUUAAAUUUAUAAUAUUACUAUCAAUGUUACAACACAUAUUCAAUCAAAGAAAUGUUAAAUUUUUUUUUAUAUAUAUUGUAAAAGGGUUACAAUUAUUAU